UGGAAGGUCCCCGGGAGGCGGGACCCCCGAGAGGCUCGGUGCCGAGCCCGGGGAGGGUCGGGUGGCUACCCUAACACCGGAGCCGACCCUGCGCUCCUUGGCUCCUCUCCGCCCACGAGGGGAAUGCAGCUCCCGGAAAGAAACGGGCAUCGUCGGUGACAGUUAUCUGCUUUUCAAAGGAGGUGAAUUAUACUUUGUUGUACUACAGAUUGUAUACUACGGAUGGGAACUAUUAAAAUUUAUGAUGUCAAACACUUUUCUUAGACCAAAGGUAUCUUCCACAAAGGUAACAGACUGGGUAGACCCAUCAUUCGAUGAUUGUUUGGAGAAUUCAGGCAUCUCCACUAUUACUGCCACAUCAUUAGGUGUGAAUAACUCAACUCAUAGAAGAAAAAAUGUGUCUUCCACAUUAGAAAGUAGCAAAUUUCCAGCUAGAAAAAAAGGAAAGCUGUCUUCCUUAGAACCAAUUUAUGGUCUAGAAAAUUCAAAGGAAUAUCUAUCUGAAAAUGAGUCGUGGGUGGACAAAUACAAACCAGAAACUCAGCAUGAACUUGCUGUGCAUAAAAAGAAAAUUGAAGAAGUUGAAACCUGGUUAAAAGCUCAAGUUUUAGAAAGGCAACCAAAACAGGGUGGAUCUAUUUUAUUAAUAACAGGCCCUCCUGGAUGUGGAAAGACGGCUACUAUAAAAAUACUGUCAAAGGAACAUGGUAUUCAUGUACAAGAGUGGAUUAAUCCAGUUUUAUCAGACUUCCAAAAAGAUGAUUUCAAAGAGAUGUUUAAUCCUGAAUCAAGCUUUCCUCUGCUUCCAUAUCAAUCUCAGUUGGCAGUUUUCAAGGAGUUUCUAUUGAGAGCAACAAAGUAUAACAAACUACAAAUGCUUGGGGAUGAUUUAAGAACUAAUAAGAAGAUAAUUCUGGUAGAAGAUUUACCUAACCAGUUUUAUCGAGAUUCUCCUAGUUUACAUGAAGUUCUAAGAAAAUAUGUGCAGAUUGGCCGAUGUCCUCUUGUGUUUAUAAUCUCUGACAGUGUCAGUGGUGAUAAUAAUCAUAGGUUACUGUUUCCCAAAGAAAUUCAAGAGGAAUGUUCUAUCUCAAAUAUUAGUUUUAACCCUGUGGCACCAACAAUUAUGAUGAAGUUUCUUAAUCGAAUAGUAACUAUAGAAGCUAAUAAGAAUGGAAGAAAAAUUGUUGUCCCUGAUAGAAGUUCUUUAGAGUUACUCUGUCAAGGAUGUUCUGGUGAUAUCAGAAGUGCAAUAAACAGCCUCCAGUUUUCUUCUUCUAAAGGAGAGAACAAUUUAUGGCCAAGGAAGAAAGGAGUGUCGUUAAAAUCAGAUGCUGUGCUAUCAAAAUCAAGACGAAGGAGAAAACCUGAUAGGGUUUUUGAAGAUCAAGAGGUCCAAGCUAUUGGUGGCAAAGACGUUUCUCUCUUUCUCUUCAGAGCUUUGGGGAAAAUUCUAUAUUGUAAAAGAGCACCUUCAGCAGAAUUAGUCUCACCCCAAUUGCCGUCUCAUUUAUCAGAGCAUGAACGGGAUCCAUUACUUGUUCACCCUGAGGAAGUAGUGGAAAUGUCACACAUGCCAGGAGAGUUAUUCAAUUUGUAUCUUCACCAAAACUAUGUAGAUUUCUUCCUGGAAGUAGAUGAUCUUGUGAGAGCCAGUGAAUUUCUCAGUUUUGCAGAUAUCCUCAGUGGUGAUUGGAAUACACGCUCUUUACUCAGGGAAUACAGUACCUCCAUAGCUACGAGAGGUGUGAUACAUUCCAACAGAGCCCGAGGAUUUGCACAUUGCCAAGGAGGAGCUUCAAGUUUUCGACCCUUGCACAAACCCCAGUGGUUUCUAAUAAAUAAAAAGUAUCGGGAAAAUUGCCUGGCAGCAAGAGCACUUUUUUCUGACUUCUGCGUGUCUGCUUUAUGCCUCCAAACUCAGCUGUUGCCAUACCUUGCUCUGUUAACCAUUCCAAUGAGAAAUCAAGCUCAGAUUUCUUUUAUCCAAGAUAUUGGAAGACUUCCUCUGAAGCGACACUUUGGAAGGUUGAAGAUGGAAGCCCUGGCCGACAGGGAGCAUGGAAUGUUGGACCCUGAGAGUGGAGACGAGGUGCAGCUCAAUGAAGGGCAGUCGGCGGAGGAGACGCCAGCUGAACCCACUCAGACCGCCCAAGCCGAAGCCUGGUCUCUUCCUCUGAGUCAGGGCAGCGCGACAGAGCUUCCUGCCAGCCAGCCGCAGCCCUUCUCCUCCCAAGCAGACAUGGAAGAAGACAGCUGGGUGAUAGAAGACUGUGAGAGUGACGGCUGGUAGACAGCAGCCUUCGUGAUGACCCCUUUAAGCGGGGCUCGCUGGUCCCUGAGCAGGGUUAAGAUGCUUUUCUAGUGAAUUUCAAAGUUUGUUAAUUCUUCACUCUGUAGAACUUCCUCACAGGGCACUGACUCUUCUGUCCUCAGCAAAGAUCAAGCCUUCAAGUGAUCUAUAAUGUUUCCUCUAGUAUUUAUUUAGUUUUGCAAGUGGUUUCGGGAGAGGAGGUCAGUGUGUAUGAAGUGUGUUUGAACCUGAUGCCAAAUACCAGAAAAUGUGAAGGACGAUCCAGGACACGGAACGCUGGGGGGUUGUAAAUAUGAAUAAAGGCAGUUCAGGAUGCAGUUACAAAUGUAAAUAAAACUUGGUGCCUUAUUGACAGUUUCUAUGGUCUCUAUCUUCUCAGAUAUCCUUUCUGUGUGUUGUACAGUGGAGUAUUUUAGAUACUUUUGGGAAAGUAUUUGCAUAAUUUAUAUCAAAAUUAAAAUGUUGAAUCACG